GGCUACGUGGCUUUGGAUACUUACGACCCUUCGGAGUACGAUCCCCUUUUCCUGAAGACGUGUACGGACUGCUGGAAGGUUUCAAUACCAGCUUUACAGGAUCCACUGUUAAAAGACAUGCAGAGAAACCUUACUGAGAAAGGCAUCAUCAAGCAGUGUGAAACAGGAAGGCGCUGUUCAUCCAGAGACCUGAGUGACCUCCGCAGAGCAGAACUGCCGCUGCUUCCCUUAAGCCGCCAACACGUGGAUGCAACCAGGUGGCUGAAGAUCCUCCAGGCCUACAUCGCCAGUGAGGUCCACCAAAGGAAGCGGUAA